AUGUGCGAACCAAGAUCUGAGGGUGACUCUGAAUGGACCGAUCCGGAAGACGGCCUCAGCAGUGCGAAAGCACAGAGACUAUCUGACCAGAUGGGCGAUAAGGUUUUCGAUUCCUGGGAUGAGCUGUGGAAGUGGCUAUUCCCUUUAGAUAGAGUGGUACCCAAGCCUGUUGCCUUGCCCGCCGUAGAGCUGCCGCUGGUAGAACAGGAAGUCUUUGCUGCUGGCAACAUGUCGAACCUGAAGGCUAGCUUGGAGGAACGCCUUCGGUUUCUCGCCUCGCAAUCGGCCGACAGCGGCUCGUUCUCAGCGCAGAUUCCCGUUAUCACUGCGUCUCUGUCUUUGGAUGUUGAAGCACAUCUCAGAAGCGUGUUCAUCUCAUGUCGUAACCAGCCGCCUGUCCACACCGGGAAGUCGUCGGCGUCAGUGGACACAGCUACUGGCCGACCACGUAACCUGUCGUCUGCGUCCAGCUCCAGUACCAGAAGCCUCCAACGGUUCAUUCAGCGCGGCCCUACUAUUGCCGUGAACGAAACCAAGGGUGCCGCGUGGGACGGCACCAGCCUGGAACGUCAACGUCAACGUCAACGCCAAAGAAGCAAUAGCGACGAAGCAAGGCGCGGAAAGCUUACACGGGCCGCAACGCUUCCAGUCCCAACAAUGCUCACGAUACCAUUCCCGCGCAUAUCGGCCUUGACAGAGCAUUCUGACGUGGGGCCCAGCCCAGUCUCGGAACACGACGCGUCACCGAAAGCCCACUCGGACGCCGAGUACUCUUCGGGCGUCGAGUCAACGCCGAGCAGCGCCGGCGGCUACCGGGAAUCUAGCAACAGUAACACGACAGCAGACAUUCGGUGCAGCAAGUGCAACAUGAGAGAGAGUCUCCGACCGGGCGAGGACAUCUUCUCAGACAAGGGCCCCUUCAGUAGUUCCUCGGCUGCAGUGCAGGGGACACUGAAGUCGACGUGCAGGUUCUCCGACUCUGGAAUCGGAAUUCUCUGCAAGAGCUGCCGGAUGCUCGAGGAGUUGAUUAGUUCGUACUCACGAGCUUCAUCGCAGGCGUCGGCCAAAUCUGAGCGACUCAGCCUGCCGAUGGCUGGUGGUGGUGGUGGUGGUGCUGCUGCUGCUGCUGCCACGGCAAGGAGUACCGCCACGAGCACGACGACCAAUACGAGCCCGAACACGGCCCCGACAACGGCGCCGCCGUUCUCGCCGAACCCGUCUGUCUCGGUGGACGAGAGCGAAGAGGAGACGCUGUUUGAUUUGAUUCUCGACUCGGCGACGUAUCUGGACGAGGACGGGCAGCGAAAGACAGAGGUGGUGUCACCCAUGUUCCCGCCGCCGCAGAUUGGGUUUUCAGAGUACGAUCGAUAUGGUGGCCACGCGGGUAAUUGGUUUUGA